UUUGGUACAAUAAUUAAGAAAUGUUAAAUUGGAAAACCUUCAUCGCAGUAGAGAUAAAAAACAGCGGAAAAAAAAAAUACUUCAAGACGUAACAGAAUAUCGGCAAACAAAUACUUCAUCCCAUAACUGUGAAAAACUCUUCAAGAGUUCCACUCUUUCUCUUGAGUUCUUCACAAAUCUUUCUGUUUCAAUCACAUUUUUCCAACUCUUUCGUCACGAAUUCAAUAUGAGCAUUUCAAACAAAGAUCACUCAGAUUCUGAUCUCCGUAACUCCCUCCCUGCCGCUGCCGCCGCUUUGAGUGCUGAAGAUCGUGCUGGUUUGGUAAAUGCACUCAAGAAUAAUCUUCAGAAUUUGGCUGUGGAGCACUCGGACAUACUUAAGAGACUGUCACCACAAGUUAGGAAGCGCAUUGAUGCUUUGAGAAAGCUUCAGGGUCAACCUGCUGCGCUGAAAGCUUUAUUGUCGGAGGAGAAGGCUGUACUUAAAGCUGGUUAUGAGAAGCUGCAUGAAUCAUUGCACACUAAGAGCGAACGUGAUGCGCUAAAAGCUUUAUUUAUGAACGAGAUGGUUGUACUUGAAGCUAAAUAUGAGAAGCUGCAUGAUUCGUUGUACACGAAAUAUGAAAUAGUAAAUGGUGUUGUUGAAGUGGAAGGUGAUAAUAUGGGGACAGGAGAUGAGAAAGGUGUUCCCAACUUCUGGCUGAAUGCAAUGAAGGCCUUUGAGAUAUAUGAAGAUGAGAUGAACAUCUCACCGCAGAAUGAAGAAGCUUUAAAAUUCCUCAAGGAUAUCAAGUGUUGCAGGGUCGAUCAUCCAAAGGGUUUUAAGCUUGAUUUCUUCUUUGAUACAAACCCUUUUUUCAAGAACUCUGUGUUGACAAAGACCUGCCAUAAUACGAUAAAUAAGGAUAUGGUAAAAAACGACAGAUAUUGA